AUGGAGGAAUCCUCGAGGAGGCCGAGCACUCUGCGCGUCUCAACUCAAGAGAAGUCCAAUAAUAGGCAGGAUGCAGGCAUUACUAUCCGCUCACGACUGGGGACCACAACAUUUGCAAGUAUCUCCAUAACCGCAGAUCAGCUGUUUGCCCUCUAUAUAGCACUUGCUGGAGAUGUUCAUUUGAGCACCGUGGAUCGCGAUGAGUUCGUGUUUGAGCAACUCGUCAAUAAGGAUGUUGGCAUCGUUGAUGCGGCUACAAGAUUCAUAGGGCAGGGCCAUUCGUUCAGUGUCAGAGCUUUGACCUUACCAAGUCCAGAUCGCAACUUCGUCUUGAAGAGCGUCCGGCCCGUCGAGGACUUCAGCAAUCGGGAAGAGCAGACACGGCUGGGAGACGUGAUCUUGGAGCUCCGUGCAUUAAGCCAUCGGCCGUUGCGUGAUCAUGUAAACAUCGUCAAGCUGUUUGGGCUGGGCUGGGAGACAGACUCGUCGGACACACUGCAGAAGUGGCCGGUUCUAAUCCAAGAAUGUGGACACGGGACGCUGGACGAUCUUCUCAGCCGGGACCUCGAUAUGCCUUACCAGCACCGCCUAGAAUUAUCGCGUGGAAUAUCUGACGGAUUGCACGCGAUACACAGAUGUGGAAUCGUCCAUGGCGAUCUCAAGCCAGGCAAUGUGUUGAUCUUCCCUUCCUCGCAGCAAAGCGGAUCUCAAUGCGGGUGGCUGGCUAAACUCGCAGACUUUGGCGGCUCCGUGCUUGAUGUAGCAGAAGGAUCCAUGGGAAGACUACCCAUGCGAACACCACCGUGGCAAGCUCCAGAAUGGGCAGACUACUUGACGCGGGAAGGUCUGCUUUGCACCGACGUCUAUUCUCUCGGCCUGACAAUCUGGAGCAUCAUGGCAAAGGGAGCUCAUCCAAUACUAAACAUGUCAGAUACAACAGCAAAUGCGUCCAAGGGCGUUGACCAUGAAGGGACUGGAGAUGGGAGAAUACCUGCACACCAAGAUCAUGUUCUGCAAGCAUUUGUCGAAUUCGGAAGAACAAUGUUCGCUACAGAUGUCGACCAACAGCAGGUUGAAGGGCUGCUGGCUGUCGCACUGCGACUCGAUCCAUCAAAACGAAACUUGAGUAUGGUGUGCCAGAUCCUGCGGCAAUUAGCACAAGACAACCAUAAUACUGCCAUCAGUCAACCAUCAGAGACAGGUUUACGAUAUUCCCCAGUCACUCGACUUUCUCAUGUGGAAAACCUUCUGAUGUUACCAGAUAUGUUGGACACUCUCAGUCCGUGUGUCCAAGAGUAUAUGCGGGCGCGGCUAAAUGGAGUCUUCAGGGCGUCAACAGCAACCAUCAAGUCCGCGGCGGCAUUCACACUUGCCAUAGAUGCCCUACGCCACAGCCACAACCCAGAUUCAGAAAAGCAGUGCAUGAUCUGGCUUAUCCGUUCGGCUGAAAAUGGCAACCAAACAGCUCAAAGUCUGGUGUACAGGUUUGCGAAAGCUCUCGAUUAUUCUCUCCCGGCAGAAACAUCGGCAAGCCUUGAAGGUUGGUUGAUUGAUGCUGCGCAGAGGAACUAUCCGGCAGCUCAACAGGACUUGCCUGCGGUCGCCUCUGUGGAGAACCGUCACCUGGUCUGGGAAAGGAUCCGCUCACGAUAUGCUGGAAUGGGCUGGAAUCGAUUCGCAGAUCUGUUCUCAACUCAGAGAAUUACCUUGAUCGAGUGGGAUACUCAGCUCAAGGACAAGCUUGUGCUGGCUAUGGCAAAUCCAGGUUUUGACGCAUCGAGUCUAAAUGUCAAUGACAAAGGUGACACCAUGUUGCACUUUGCAGCUUCAGCAGGGUUCGAAGAGGUGGUGAGGCUGUGGGGUGGUUCAAUGCCAUGGACCGUCAAUGCAACUGGCGCUGACUCUGAAACACCAUUGCUGAUCGCCUGUCGCUCUGGGCACGGAAACAUUGUCAGACUUCUGCUCAGCAUGGGGGCCGAUCCCACGAUUCGAAGUAAUAACGGCGACACACCAUUGCAUUGGCUGGUUGCCUUCCAAGGCGACGAAGCGCACGGCAUUGCCCUAGCGCUCGUGACUGCCGGUGCAGAUGUCGAUGCAGCGGCCAAGGCAGUCCGUUUUGAAUUCGCGCCGCUUUGUAAUUACGAAGCAGGUACUCCUUUGCAUCGCGCAGUCGGCAAAGGCAACUUGGAUGCAGUUCGAACACUAGUCGCAUGCGGUGCAUCAGUGACUGGUGCAGGCGGACGAGUGGACGGGACAUCUCCCACAUCGCUGGCGGCUACACUCCAUUACGCUGGUAUUCUUGACACUCUUCUCGGUUCACUUGGGGAUCCGCUUGCCGCAACACAUCCUCAUGCUGGACUCUCGCUGCUAGCUGUUGCGAUUCGCGGUGAGAUCAUCUAUGGCGAGAGAUUCUCCAAGAUCGCGAGACAUGGCCAUUCUUGGUGGGAAGAAGCUUGCGCAACUUUCAACGUCAUUCGUCGAUGGGGAGGCGAGGAGCAUAUGCGUGGAUUCCCUCAGGGAAUGAAAUGCGCUGGGACCACCCCCCUUCUGUUGGCGUGUGCGUUCAAUUUUCCGGAAACGGUGCGCUAUCUUCUUGAAAGCGGCUGCCAGGGUGACAUCAACAUCAGAUCGUCGUACUGGCUAGAUGGUGGUCAUUACACGCCGCUCGUCAAAUCGAUCUUUCAAGGCUCAAAAGGCGUGUUCAAGUUGUUACUCGAGCAUGGCGCGGACGCGACCGAGAUCCAUGUGGAUGAGAACUGGCACGAUCUACCGCCGCUAUAUCUAUGUGCUGCAGCAGGGCACAGUGAUGCAUAUUUUGCGGAAGCUCUUCUUGCCCGUGGUGCUCUGAUCAACGGAUUCGAGGACAAUAGCAGACAGUUUGAGACACCUUUCGCAUGUGCGCUUCGCGGCCGGUGUUUUACUCUUGCAAAAUGGCUCCUAGAACAUGGCGCCAAUCCGCACACCAAAUACAAGAAGGGGUUGAUGGUGGAAAUGAAGUACGCUAGCAGCGUCCUGGUCUUUCUAAUCAAGGAGCGGACUAGGUCGUCGUGGGUGUGUAUCGACUGGCUCCUGCGAGAGGUACCAGACGUCGGGUUUAUGGUCUCGUCCCAGCACAACUAUUCCGUGCUCCAUGCUCUGGCGCUCAGCCAGGAGUGGGUGAGGAAAGACAAGAGCAAUCCGGCUGUCGCGCUGGUCAUCGAGAAAGUAUUCAACCACUUCACGCCUGGUCUUCAGCAGGUGAAUCAGCAGGAUAACCAUGGUCGCACUGCAAUCUGGCUCGCGGUGCAAAUGGGCAACCUUUACCUUAUUGAACGGCUCUUGAAGGCGGGCGCGGAUCCUCAAAUCGUUGAUGAGGAUGGAGCUAAUGCUAUCGAUGUCAACGCCUUUUUGCUGAAGUCAAUUGAGGACAAUCCGAACGGUGUUAUCGACGAUACUGAUCCUAGGCCGGCAGCGAGACAGAUUGAGCAGCGGUUGGAAUUGAGACGGGCAGUGGGCGAGUUCUUUGAGCCAUACGACUGA